AUGGUGAGUAGCUCCUCCGCCUCCCCUGUCAUUGAUGAGAGAGCAAACAGCCGGGGGGGCCAAACAACAGCAGCAGCAGCAGCAGCUCCGCUGUCUCCUGCUGCUGCUGCUGCUGCUGUUGCUGUUGCUGCUGCUGCUGCUGCUGCUGCUGGUGCAGCAGCAGUCACAGCCCCCUCCUCACCCCAGAAGCUCUCCUCGAUCUCCAGCUGCGCCCCGUCUUUGCUGCGAGGCACCCCAUCCCGCCUGCAGCAGCAGCAGCAGCAGCAGCAGCAGCAGCAGCAGCACAGCAGCACCAGCAACAGCAGCAGCAAAAGCAGCAGCAGCAACGACAGCAGCAGCAGCAGCAGCACAUGCAAAUUGUCGUCUAAAGACUGUGGAGGGCUCAGCGCAGCAACAGCAACAAUAACUGCAGCAAGAACAGGAACUGCAGCAGCAACAGCAACAACUGCAGCAGCAGUAAUUGCAGCAGCAGCAGCAUCAACAGCAGCAGCAGCAGCAACAGCAGCAGCAGCAGCAACAGCAGCAGCAGCAGGCAUGGAGCAGCAGCAGCAACAGCAGCGAAUACAUCAGCAACAGCAACAGCAGCAGCAUCAGCAUCAGCAUCAGCGGCAUCAGCAGCAGCACCAGCAGCAGCAGCAGCAUCAGCAUCAGCAGCAUCAGCAGCAGCAGCAGCAGCAGCAGCAGCAUCAGCAGCAGCAGCAGCAGCAGCAGCAGCAGCUAACGUUUGCGUGGCAGUCGACCCUAAAUGCCGUUCCGUUUGUUUGUAUUAUCUCUACUGAACAGCAGCAGCAGCAACUGCGCCAGUAUGAGCAGGAGCAGCAGCAGCAACAGCAGCGAAUACAUCAGCAACAGCAACAGCAGCAGCAGCAGCAUCAGCAUCGGCGGCAUCAGCAGCAGCAUCAGCAGCAGCAGCAUCAGCAGCAGCAGCAUCAGCAUCAGCAGCAGCAGCAGCAGCAUCAUCAGCAGCAGCAGCAGCAUCAGCAGCAGCAUCAGCAGCAUCAGCAGCAGCAGCAGCAGCAGCAGCAGCUAACCCCCAAGGCCCUCCUGCUGCUGCUGCAGCAGCAGCAGCAGGAGCAGCAGCAGGAGCAGCAGCAGCAGCAGCAGCAGCAGAAGCAGUAG